GGUGCGCGCGCGCGCGCUUCCGGGCUGGCCCCGGCGGUGACGUGUCCGCGGGCUGACAGCGCCGGGUGGCGGCGGGGGCCGCGCGCCAGGCGGCCGCUUCCGGGAGUUUGGAUUAAGCAGUUUCAGACAAACAGGCUCCACUCAACCAAAACAAUGUUUGCAGAUUUGGACUAUGAUAUUGAGGAAGAUAAACUGGGGAUCCCCACUGUACCUGGGACAGUGACCCUGAAGAAAGACUCUCAGAACCUGAUCGGGAUCAGCAUUGGGGGAGGAGCACAGUACUGCCCUUGCCUCUACAUUGUCCAGGUAUUUGAUAACACUCCAGCAGCCUUAGAUGGCACCGUAGCAGCUGGUGAUGAAAUCACAGGAGUGAAUGGGAAGUCUGUCAAAGGGAAGACCAAGGUGGAGGUGGCCAAGAUGAUACAGAUGGUAAAGGGAGAGGUGACGAUACACUACAACAAGCUUCAGGCUGACCCAAAGCAGGGCAAGUCUUUGGAUAUUGUACUGAAGAAGGUAAAGCAUCGACUGGUAGAGAACAUGAGCUCAGGGACAGCAGAUGCCCUGGGGUUAAGCCGAGCCAUACUCUGCAAUGAUGGGCUGGUAAAGAGACUGGAGGAGCUGGAGAGGACUGCGGAGUUAUACAAAGGCUUGACAGAGCACACCAAGAGUCUUCUCAGAGCUUUCUUUGAGCUGUCCCAGACACACAGAGCAUUUGGAGACGUUUUCUCUGUCAUUGGUGUACGGGAGCCACAACCUGCUGCCAGUGAAGCCUUUGUGAAAUUUGCUGAUGCCCAUCGCAACAUUGAGAAGUUUGGGAUUCACCUUUUGAAAACAAUUAAGCCGAUGCUUACUGACUUGAAUACAUAUCUGAAUAAAGCCAUCCCUGAUACAAGGCUGACUAUCAAAAAAUACCUGGACGUCAAGUUUGAAUAUUUGUCCUACUGCCUGAAAGUCAAAGAGAUGGAUGAUGAAGAGUACAGCUGCAUUGCUCUGGGUGAACCCCUCUACCGGGUCAGCACUGGGAACUAUGAAUACCGCCUAAUCCUACGCUGCCGGCAGGAGGCUCGCACGCGCUUUGCCAAGAUGAGGAAGGACGUGCUAGAGAAAAUAGAGCUCCUGGACCAGAAACAUGUGCAAGACAUCGUGUUCCAGCUUCAACGUUUUGUCUCCACGAUGUCCAAGUACUAUGAUGACUGCUACGCCGUGCUCCGAGAUGCAGAUGUCUUCCCCAUUGAGGUGGAUCUCGCCCGCACUACUCUCAGCUAUGGGCAGAAGGACACCUACACGGAUGGGGCAGAAGACGACGAAGGAGGAAGUGAGAGAGAGGGUAGUGGGAAGGAGGAUGCAAACGGUGAAAAGCUCAUUGAUGAUGCCUGAGUGUGCCAGCGUGGCCAGAGGAAAGACUUUGCAGACUGUUAUAAAAACAUGUAUUUUACAUGGCGAUUCAUCCUCAGUGACUUUCUGUGUAUGUCCAGCCUGGGACUCCUCCUCUGCUUUCGGGGAGGGGGGGGUGCGUGGCUGGUUGGAUCGGGACCAACCUCUGCUUUCCUCUCUCAUCCCGUGCUUGUUUGCCUGGAUGUUCCUUUUUGCCCCCGAGACUCCUGCUGCCCACCUGGGGUACUGAGGUGCGGGGAGGAAGAUCCCCUAGCACAGCACACCGCCGUGUGACUCUGCGUGCAGACAGGACACUGCCGAGCGCGUGGGGCGCACCGCUCCCCUCCAAUUAAACAUCUGCAGAUGCUUACGAGUGGCAAGAACAGCCCCCUUCUGGCCCCCCCUUGUGCUAUGGGAAAGCGUUAGCACCAGCAUUGUUUUUUUCACCCCGCUGCCUCGCUGUCUUCAAGAUUCCCAUUCUCUGGCCUAUUUUAAGCUGCUUCUGUCUCUUCCAUCUGUCCCCGUGGGCUGCAGGACGGAUUUUUGCAGGAUGAUCACUCUCGCUGCACCCAGAUCUUUGUGCCACUGCUUUUAAGAAAUAGGAGCAAGUCCGAACGGAUGCCUAGAUCAUGGUGGUACACGGGAUCUGAUCAGCCCCCCGCCCCAGGCACGGGGCUGGAGGAAGCUCUCAUACACUGGGCUGCUGCAAAGAUGUACAAGUCUCUUCCCCUGACUCCUGGCUACCGUCGUCUUCACGGUCCCUGAGCUCCUGCACAGCUGGCACCACCUGCAUGCUCUGUAGCUACACCCCAGCGCUAGAGCCCUGCAGGAUGUGGCUCUGCCCUUCCCUGAGGGAAGGAAGGACCUGGCUCAGGAAGGAGCCCCCCCUGCUCGGCAGAGACGCUGAGGUGAGCGUGCUUGUCUGAGGAGUAGCAGCAAGGCCGCACGCAUUUCCUUUCCAUUGUUCUCUCUCUUACGGCUCCUUGCGACGGACAAUAACCAAACGUACUUCUUGAGGAGGUGCAGCCAGUCCUGCACGCUCUUCCCUUGUGCAGGUGCCAGGAGGAGCCACCUUAGAACUGCAAAGGAGACGUCCCAUCCUUGAACUAAAGAGGAGUGACAGGAAGCAUUAGGGAGAGAGGAAGACAUGGCCUGUGGGCAGAGGCUUUGAGAUUUUUUUUUUUAGUGCCAAGUGUGACUAGCAUAUCACCUCCUGCUCUGCUCUCUGCACAACCAUUGUGUGCUGCCUCCGGGCCAGCCAGAAGCAGUAGCUAACGUCCCAUUCCCCAGCACAAGGGAAGGGGGGAAAGGAAAACCGAAGUAAUUGAGGGUGCUGCUUUCCUCCUUCCUUUUCUUUUCUCCCUCCAUCCCUGUGGGCUGAUCCCAGAUGCAGGUGGCACUUUCUCUUUUAGCAGGCAGCACAACUGCCAGGAGCAAUGUGCUUCUCGGAGGCAAGGGUUUUGACUUCUCUGUCAUUACAUUCUAGUGGUAGUGAGAGAGGUUAUUUAAGGGCAUUAAUUUAUCAUGGAGAUGUUUGUUUUGUUUUUUCUCUUUGGUUUGUUUUUGGAGCUUCAUCAUCUCUGUGGGUGCCUAGAAGCAAGCCAUCCAUGGUCAAGCUGCUCUGGAAGAUUUAAACGGACUCUGAUGUACUGACUGUUGUCUCGAAUAAAGAAAAAUGUGACAUUCCA